AUGAAUAACCAGCCGUCGACAACAAAACAACUCCUCUCGGUUCUUGCCUCUAACCUCUUCGACGUCUCCAAAUGUCGGUCCUCUUGGACGUCGCUCACCGCUGGCACGAGCAGGCCCCGACGUCGCACACUCCUAUCUGCCACCAUCGCGAUGCCGACUCGUCUAGCAAUGCUUUGGCCCUCCUCUGCAUCUGAACGAUGUGCAGGCCUUGCUCUACAAGAAGACCGCAGAGGCAUUCAAGGGCAUUGUGGUCCAAUAAAUGCUUUGGCUUUCAAUCCUAAUAGGAAAAGUUUCUCAAGUGGUGGUGAAGAGAGUCACGAGAGGAUGCAUUACUUUGAUCCUGACUACUUCAAGAUUUCAUUAAUUUGAUUAGAGACACUCGCUAAAACAUCAAGAAUUACAUUAUUAUAAACAUCUUGUAAGGCGAAAACAUGGGACAUACUUUCUCAUUUGAUUUUUUUUAGUAGGGUGAAAGAUUUUUUAAAUUUGGUUCAAUUUAUCAGUGC